AGGAGACGGAGGGGAUGGGGGGGGGCUAGUUUUUGGACGAGAGAGGAUGUGCAGAAGAGAGAGGGGGGCCUCUGGAUUCAACAACUGAAACGAUAGAAAACAAAAAGAAUAAACUAAUAUCCUGCUGCAUCGACGACUGCUUUUUUACCCCAGGAGCUAAAGGGAAAUACCCCAAACAGAAGCCUUUUUCUGGGAUUAUUGGAAGCCAAAUAAUAAAAAAAAACGAACAGACCCGCCUGCCCCCGACAUUGCAAUUCAAGGGAGCUCGUUCUUUUGUGAAGGGGGGGGGGAGAAUAUUUUGGAAUCUGUGGUUGCAGCUUUGAUGCUGAUUAAAAAAAACAACAACCACCAUGCUAUAUAUCAAUCGAUACUUCAUUUCUGUUUAUUUCUAUUAAAUACCCGUCGAUCGGUGAGAUGGAGGGGAUCGGAACGAACAGUUUAUUUGUAUCGAUUCUGCCUUUUGGGAAUUCUUGGAAGUGGGAGGCGUCAGCUGGGCUGCAAACCGACCGUUCUCCAUGAGGAGGAGAAGAAGAUGCCGGCUCUGCCAGCACUGCUGCUGCUGUCGAUUCACUUCCUCUUCCUGUUUCUGACCAUGGUCCCGCCCCCUUACAGCCAAGGAGCCGUGCUGUCUUCACUGCGAAUGGCUGCUAUCCUUGAUGAUCAGACAGUGUGUGGUCGAGGGGAGAGGCUGGCUCUAGCUCUGGCUCGUGAGAAUAUAAACAGCGUCACUGAGGUCCCAGAAAAGGCCAGGGUGGAGGUGGAGAUAUUCGAGCUGCAGAGAGACUCCCAGUAUGAGACCACUGACACCAUGUGUCAGAUCUUGCCGAAGGGUGUGGUCUCUGUGUUAGGCCCCGCCUCUAGCCCCGCCUCUGGUUCUACUGUCAGUCACAUCUGCGGGGAGAAAGAGGUCCCCCAUGUGAAGAUCGGUCCCGAGGAGACGCCCCGCCUGCCCUACCUGCGCUUUGCCUCGGUCAGCCUGUACCCCAGCAACGAGGACCUGAGCCUGGCCCUGAGAGCCAUCCUGAGCUUCUUCAGCUUCCCCUCCACCAGCCUGAUCUGCGCCAAGGCAGAGUGUCUCCUGCGCUUGGAGGAGCUGGUGCGACGCUUCCUGAUCUCGCGGGACACGCUGUCGAUCCGCAUGCUGGACGACAGCCAGGAUCCCACCCCCUUGCUGAAGGAGAUCCGGGACGACAAGAUCGGCACCAUCAUCAUUGACGCCAACGCCUCCAUGUCAUACCUCAUACUGAGGAAGGCUGCAGAGUUGGGAAUGACGUCAGCCUUCUACAAGUACAUCCUCACGACUAUGGAUUUCCCCCUGCUCCGGUUGGAUGAUAUCGUGGAUGAGCAGUCUAACAUCCUGGGCUUCUCCAUGCUCAACACGACCCACCCGUUCUACGUGGAGUUCCUGAGGAGUCUCAACAUGUCCUGGAGAGAGAACUGCGACAUGAGCCUGUACCCCGGGCCAGCGCUCUCCUCAGCUCUCAUGUUUGAUGCAGUGCAUGUGGUUGUCAGUGCUGUGCGAGAGUUGAACCGCAGUCAGGAGAUCGGGGUGAAGCCGCUCUCCUGCACCUCCCCUCAGAUCUGGCAGCACGGGACCAGCCUCAUGAACUACCUGAGGAUGGUGGAGUAUGAUGGACUCACUGGUCGCGUGGAGUUCAACAGCAAAGGCCAGAGAACCAACUACACCCUCCGAAUCCUGGAGAAGCACCGCGGGGGUCACAAAGAGAUUGGUAUCUGGUAUUCUAACAACACACUGGCGAUGAACGCCACAACGCUGGACAUCAACGUGUCAGAAACCCUGUCCAACAAAACGUUGAUCAUCACCACCAUAUUGGAGAACCCGUACGUGAUGCGCAAGUCGAACUACCAGGAGCUGCAGGGGAACGGCCGCUACGAGGGCUUCUGCGUGGACAUGCUGAAGGAGCUCGCUGACAUCCUCAAGUUCAAGUUCCGGAUCAAGCUGGUCGACGACGGGCUGUAUGGGGCGCCAGAACCCAACGGGUCAUGGACCGGCAUGGUGGGGGAGCUGAUCAACCGGAAAGCUGACCUGGCAGUGGCUGGUUUCACCAUCACAGCGGAGCGGGAGAAAGUGAUCGACUUCUCCAAACCCUUUAUGACCCUGGGGAUCAGCAUCCUGUACAGAAUGCACAUGGGUCGGAAGCCUGGGUACUUCUCGUUCCUCGAUCCUUUCUCUCCGGCGGUCUGGCUCUUCAUGCUGCUGGCAUACCUGGCUGUGAGCUGCGUGCUGUUCCUGGCAGCCAGACUCAGCCCCUACGAGUGGUACAACCCUCACCCCUGUCUGCAAGACCGACGGGACAUUUUGGAAAACCAGUACACACUGGGAAACAGCCUGUGGUUCCCAGUGGGGGGAUUCAUGCAGCAGGGGUCUGAGAUCAUGCCGAGGGCCCUGUCAACACGCUGCGUCAGCGGGGUCUGGUGGGCCUUCACUCUGAUCAUCAUCUCCUCGUACACGGCUAACCUCGCUGCCUUCCUCACCGUGCAGCGCAUGGAGGUUCCCAUCGAGUCUGCUGACGACCUGGCAGACCAAACCAACAUCGAGUAUGGGACCAUCCACGGGGGGAGCACCAUGACCUUCUUCCAGAACUCGCGGUACCAGACGUACCAGCGCAUGUGGAACUACAUGCAGUCGAAGCAGCCCAGCGUGUUUGUGAAGAGCACUGAGGAGGGCAUCGCCCGCGUGGUCAACUCCAAGUAUGCCUUCCUGCUGGAGAGCACCAUGAACGAGUACCACCGCUGGCUCAACUGCAACCUCACCCAGAUCGGGGGACUGCUGGACACCAAGGGCUAUGGCAUCGGCAUGCCCCUGGGCUCCCCGUUCCGUGACGAGAUCACGCUGGCGAUUCUGCAGCUGCAGGAAAACAACCGUCUGGAUAUCCUGAAGAGGAAGUGGUGGGAGGGGGGCAAGUGUCCGAAAGAGGAGGACCACCGGGCCAAGGGGCUGGGGAUGGAGAAUAUUGGCGGGAUCUUCGUGGUUCUGAUCUGUGGGCUGAUCAUCGCGGUCUUCGUCGCUGUCAUGGAGUUCGUGUGGUCGACACGGCGCACAGCGGAAUCAGACGAGGUACGAGACAGCGGGCAAACCCACAAACCCAGAGCGAGCAGAAUCUCGGUGUGUCAGGAGAUGCUCAGUGAGUUCCAGAACGCUGUCUCCUGUAAGAAGAUGUCUCGCUCCCGGAGGAGGCGGCCCAUGCCCCGCCGCGGCCGGCUCUCCCUCUCCACCCCGAAGCCCCUCCGCCUGGUCCGGGAGAUGCGACUGAACAACGGCAAGCUCUACUCGGGGGCCGGGCCCCUGACCGGGGGGGGCCACGCCUCCUCCAACACCCUGGGGGCCGCGGCGGGGGCCCCCUCGGAGCUCGGCCCGGGACCUCAGAGACUCCUGGAAGACCCCUUGAGCGCCAACACACCCCCGCCACCCCCACCGCCUCACCCCCCUCCCCCCCAGCUGCAAACCCCCAGGAGCUGGGGUCACGUCCGGAUCUGUCAGGAGUGUCGGAGGCAUACAGAGCCUUCGAGCAGCAAGGGGGAGCAGCUCCUGCACCCUGCCCCUGCCCCGGGGACCUCCCGCUGCCCCGCCUCUCCCUCCGCCCCCUUGCCCCGCGCUCCUCCACCACCACCUCUGGCAGUGAGGGGAGCCCCAGGCAGGCUGCCAGCGAGCAGGACUGAGAGAGGGAGCGCAGAGACUCUGCACCACACGGGCCAGAGCAGGAACGGACACUCGCAACCACAGAAGCAAGCCGGAAAGGCUAGAGCGGUCAAGCAGAGGAAUUCCGGACUUCAAGGACUGUCAAGUGAAAACUUGACAGUGUGCCGGGGCUCCUGGGACUUCUUCCGAGGGUUUUGUUCCAGGUUUUAAGAAGGGUUAGGUGGCAGACUUGUGAAAGGGGUUUGGAAAUGUCUUAAUAUUAGAAUAUUCCUGUCAUUCGUAUUUCUUUUACAAAGGGGGGGGCACUAAUUUCAUAAUUGUGAGGUUUUUUUUUUUUUUUCAACUAUGGUGUUAUAAAUGCCCAGACAAUUCACAGUGUUCACGGUAUUGUAAAGGGAUCUGAUUGUUAUAUCAAUGAGUGUUGCUAUUAUAUUUAGAGCUGUGAGUUGAAAGGUAGCGAGGUCCUGUUUGGGAAACACAGUAACUGAAUGAAGGCGCUGACGAGCGUUCCUAUUGGAAGCCUUUCUCAGUGUCUUCGUGUCACAGCCCUCGACAGCAAGUGACCAAGGCUGCCAGAUGGAGGCGCUGUGAGACGGGACCUCCAGCGGAAACGUUUGUCGCCCAGGUUAUUAAGUUCUUUUUAAUAUUUCUGUUGAAGAUGCUGAGAAAGGCUUCCAGUCACAAACGCCUGGCACGGAAUUGAAGAAUGUUUCUCAUUGAAUGUAUUCAGUUCCUUUUGAACUGACCCCUAUGGAGUGGGUGAGUGUGAUGCCUCAUUUUCACAGCCUGUCUUAACUGUGUUUUCUUCCAGUGGACAUCACAAGAGUUUAAAAUCAGCUGCCGGUUUUCAGGUGGUCUGCGUGAAGGUUUGAUGAGAGCACAGGGGUGUCCUCUGUCUCCAGCACUUCGUCCUUCUCUUACUUCCAUGCGGUUUUUAUCAAUUAUUACAUUUUUGUUGGUUUAUUUCUUUUUCAUUUGAUUUCAAGUUUUUUUUCUUUUUUUCAUGUCCAAUUCUGUCCAGCAGGUGGUGGUGCAGACUUCAAUUUAUGACAAAAAAAAUGAAAAAGUUAUUAUUAUUAUUAUUAUUAUUAUUAUUAUUAUUAUUAUAUUAUAUACACACACUUUGAAAAAGGAAGACCUCAGUGUAGCAAAAGGUGCACAAAUCUAAAAGGUAAAGGUAAUGCAGCUACACAAAAAUGUGAAGAUUUGAUACAAAACUAAUCUGCCAGGGCUCCUAGCCCUUCCGUUGGAUGCUAAAAACAUCUUGCACUGUUCUGGCUGUCAUGUUCAAUUCUGACCAGCAGGUGGUGCUCUAGACACCUGAAAGCGUGUGUGUAGCGCUGGCUGGGAGUCCUGCGCGUUUCAAUCUCAUCAUGCUGUGACUGUUCACAGUUUAUCCCAUUGCACUUGGGAGUCUUCUGUGCUGGUUUAGAAUGAGGAUGUGUCUGACUAAAAAAAAAAGUAAAGAAAGGACUUCUGCUUCCAGAACUGUUUAUUUUAUUAUUGCAUUUAUCCAGGCAUUAUCUACAGUGUUAUGGUGAGCCGGAGCCCGACCUGGCAGACAACAGGGCGCAAGGCAGGACUACACCCUGGACGGGGCGCCAGUCCAUCGCAGGGCAGCUAAGGGGCAAUUGAGAGAGGUCUUUGGACUGUGGGAGGAAACCCACGCGAACACGGGGAGAACAUGCGAACUGCAUGCAGACAAACCCCUGAGACUAGAAUCUCACCUCUGAUCAUCAAUAUUACAGAACCGCACACUGUAAUCUUUCUAGACAGUGACGGAAUGAGCGACAAACAGAGCCUGAAAAACACAAACAUCCUGUCUCAUAACACCGAGAUACUGGGAGACACAGCGACUGGGAUUGUGAAAGUGGGAGACAGUGACUGGCAGGAGACUGCGAAACCGAUUCGGCACUGAUCCGAUAUUGAUCGUUAUCGCUGCUAUCAGUGACGACAGCAGUUGUUAUGAUUGUUAUUAUUAAUACCGAGAGCUGAUUUCUGAUUAUUUCUUUUCAUUCACUGUAUUCUGUGAUGCUGGUUUUGGGGGAUGAAGGGGGGGGGGGGGGGGGGGGAGAGGACUGGGUUAUUUUUAUUUUUUGCAAAUUUCUAUAGCGCUGAAGAGACAAACUAAAAUGCUGGGAAUAUAAAACAUGUGGGGAAAUAAAAAUAAAACCACUUUGAAAAGCUGCUGUGUAAGAACUCGUACUGUCAGCUCUACAGGGAAGAGCAAGAAGACAACGGAUCAGGAUUGAAAACAAUGCACAGGAGUAACGUGCAGAAUUCCUUCUUCCUGGAUUGAGAAUCAACACAGAGACACUGGGACACAUUGAUACACACAGAGACACUGGGACACAUUGACACAC